AUGUCUCAAAAGUCAAAACCAGGUGGUAUAACCGCAAGAAUCACCUACAACAACUGUUUUCAGUGGAAAAAUAAACUUGCAUCUUAUUUAGCUUUGAAACUUCUACAUCCAUAUAGGCCAACAGCACCCCAGCAAACAGCAAGUAUGUCACACUUGGAGCACAGCAACUCUCCAGUAACCAAAGAGGUGGGGAUUACAGGUGGAAACUACACCACUAAGAGAAGAAGAUCAAAAUCUAAUUCUCGGAGGAUAAGACAGCGGCAGCUUGAUUUUCAAAGCAUAAUACCGUGCAAAGUUAAUAUCCAGAGUCUUCCUGAGGAUAUUGCUCUGAGGAUAACAUCAAAAUUAACGUUGAAGGAAGCUGCUCAGAUGUGCGUGCUGUCGAGCACGUGGAGACAAGCUUGUGUGUUCCAUCCUAAUCUCUACUUUGGUAUUCAGACAGUGCUUGGAAGUCGUGCCAAUACAGAAUUAAUUUUCACUGAUCCGAGGAAAAGAAUGCUGACCACUAACAAGUUCAUUGAGAGGGUUGAUGCCAUCCUGAAAAACCAUUGCACCACGCAGGUGAACAAGUUUGCCAUUGAGUUUGGUUUGUCGACAGAGCAUGCUAGUCAUAUCAACAGAUGGGUUUCGUUUGCUAUUGCAUCAAAGGCAAGAGUUGUCGUUCUCAACCUCUCUCCUAAUAAGAGCGCAUUAGAUCGAGACAAUUAUGACUUCCCUUUUCAACUUUUCGAUGGACAUAGUGGAUCUCACCUUCAGGCUCUUCAGCUUCACUGGGUCACUUUGGGUCCACCUCCUGAUUUUUGUGGCUUUGCAAAUCUUAAAAUGCUUGAUCUUGUCUUUUUGAUCGUAUCGCAAGAUUUACAGCACUUAUUAUCGAAAUGCUGUGUACUUGAGUGGUUGAGAAUCCGGUUGUGCUUCUUCCAGCUGCCAAGCCUGUCAUCUCUGUGUGUUCAAGAGCCAUUAUACCGUCUGCAAUAUCUAUGUGUUGAAGAUUGUGCUUUUCGUGAAAUUGAGUUUCAUGCACCUAAUCUCAUGACAUUCGAGUACAAAGGUUCCCGAACUUUGAUUAAUCUUAAUGAAUGCUUGAAGCUUAAGACAGCAACUAUCAGACUCUAUCUGAACGAUACUCUUGAAUAUGUGCUGACUUGGAUUCCAUGUAUACUUCCUCAAGUUGACACUCUGUCUGUCAAACUUAGGAUCAGCAGCAAGAUGUCUGGAUUUACACAGCCCCCUCUUAAGUUUAUUCAGUUGAGGCAUUUAACUAUGGAAAUAACCAGCUGCUGUGAUCCAAAUUCAGUUUUUCAACUGGCUUUUCUUUUGGAAGCAGCUCCACUUUUAGAGGAUCUUCAUUUCGAUAUGUUUGGUUUUGAUUUAUGCCAUGGUGAUCUGGACGACAUAAUGGAUCUUCCUCAUUAUCAUCUCAAGAUAGUUUGCAUAGAUGGUUUUUACGGAACUGCUGGACAGGUCGGACUAGCAAAAUACAUCUUUAAAAAUGCAUUAGCCUUGGAGCAUUUGAUUGUGAAACCAGGUUGGAAAUUAAAGUUACCUACAUCUACCUCAACUGGGUAUGAACGCUAUGGGCGGCAGGAAGCCAAUAAAAAACUUGUUCCACUAGAUACCAACAGCGUACUCACAAUUUUGUAA